UUCAGGGAGGUAGAUAUUCUUUGCUCAACUAUAACGCAAUAGCAGCGAUAGCCAAGGCCUUUUCAUAUCCUUUCCUCCCCUCUUCUCCUCUCUUUUUCCCUCUGUGCUCUAAGCUUCGGCAAGAUCUCCACUUUACAUCCAAAACAACCCAAAGAUCUUCGAAAGCAGGAUGCUUUUAUUCAAUCCUCUCUCUUCACCACCAACUCCUCUAUCCUUAUCACAGAAAACCCAUUACUCCACUUCAAUUUCAUCUCUCAAAAAGCAUCCAUCUUUUUUCACCAUAACAAACUUUCCCAACCAAAAAAAUAACCCAACAAGAAGAAAACUUUUCAUAGCCCAAGCUAAAGGUGAUGACUCAGCUGAUGGCCCUGACAGGCUAAUUUCAGCAAUAUGUUAUUUUUAUCCCUUCUUUGAUGGCGUACAGUAUGGCAAGUACGUUAUAACACAGUUCACUCCAAUUCAAGUGCUUAUACAACCACUCUUCCCAGCUAUAAAAGUGUUCAAAAGCUUUCCUUUGAAUGGGUUUUUAGUGUUUUUGACUUUGUACUUUGUGGUUGUUAGGAAUCCGAAGUUUAGUAGGUAUGUGAGGUUUAACACUAUGCAGGCUAUCGUGCUUGAUGUUUUGUUGAUUUUUCCUGAUCUCCUGGAGAGGACUUUCAAUCCAAGAGAUGGGUUGGGUUUGGAUUUGGUGAUGAGCCUGGAUAGCACUGUGUUUUUGUUCCUUUUGGUUUGUUUGAUUUAUGGUUCCUCUUCUUGCUUGUUCGGGCAGUUGCCAAGAUUGCCAAUUGUCGCUGAAGCUGCUGAUAGGCAAGUUCUUUGAUGGCCUUUUCUGAUUCUGCUAAUCAAUUGUUGUUUAGACCGAGAUUUAAGUGUUAGAAAAUUUGGCAUCUCGAUUUUCUUGGCCAAAAGAGAAGGAAAGAUAUGCAUUAGAUGCUGUCAUUAUUGUUAAAUAAACAAAAAAAUUAUGAAAUUCAGUCAAUGAUUGUUGGUUUUCUUUACUCUUCAUACAUUUGAUGGCUGGUAUUAAUGUUUGAUAAGAUUAUUCA